AUGGCAUUCACGGUCGCCCUCCUCCUCCUGUUCUUGUGUGGGCACCCCCAGGCUGCCGCAGACAGCAUCCACACCGUCUAUGUCGUCUCCGGGGAGACAGUGGAGCUGCCUUGUCCUUCACCCCCUUCCCUACGUGGGGGCCAGCUCCUAACCUGGUUCCGCAGCCCUGCGGGAACCUCCUCCACCAUCUUGGUGGCCCAGAUCCAAGUAGACAGGGCAGCUCCAGAUCUGAGGAAACCCGAAAAUGACUCCAGGUUCAAAGUCCUCGGGAACUACUCCUUAUUGCUGGAGGGGCCCAGGGAUGAAGACGCUGGGCGGUACUGGUGCACGGUGCUGGAUCAGAACCACAAGUACCAGAACUGGAGGGUGUACGAUGUCUCCGUGCUCAAAGGGUCUCAGUUCUCUGUGAAGUCUCCAGACGGCCUCUCCUGCUCUGCCCUCCUGUGCGCUGUGGUCCCCGCCAGGCGUCUGGACUCCGUGACCUGGCAAGAGGGGAGGAAUCCUGUGAAAGGACAUGCUCAGUACUUUUGGGGUGACGGGGCUGCCCUGCUGCUGGUGUGUCCUGGAGAGGGGCUUUCUGAAGCCAAGGGCCGUAAGCCGAGAAGCAUCCGCUGCCUUAUGCCUCAGAACAAGAGAUUCAGCUUUAGCCUGGCAGCUUCCGCAGGACCUACUCCCCCCACUGCCUGUGUCUCCGUCCCGAGCUGGGAUGUGCCCUGGUUACUGAUGCUGUUGCUCACAGCAGGCCAAGGAGUCACCAUCAUCGCCCUCAGCAUCGUGCUCUGGAGGCGGAGGGGCCAGGGGUCUCGGAACAGAGAACCCUCAAUUCCUCACUUCAAACCUGAAGUCCAGGUCUAUGAGAACAUCCAUUUGGCCCGCCUUAGGUAA